CUUCAGGUAAUUUUAUAAAAUAAGUUGUCAUUGACUCCUACAGGAGUAAAUCCUGCAAACAUGUCUCAGGAAGUGCUGCCCGUGGAGGUGCCAGAAAUACUCUAUCACAUGAAUCCAGGGAAGGCCACGACUCUAUCAAAUACGAAAACACUACAGGAUGCAGACUCAAAUAUCAGUUCUUUGGGAGAUGAUGGACAUCGAGGAGAAAAUGAAGAAAAUCAAGACAAAAGUGAUUUCAAGAUAUUAUCCUCUCCCUGCUACCUGCUGACUGUAAGGAUCAUCCGGAUGACAAAUGUCCAGCAAGGGGACACCUUUAGCCAGGCUGACUGCUACGUGUCCUUGUGGCUACCGACUGCGACACGUGAAAGAUGCCGCACUAAAACUGUGAGAAACUCCAACAAUCCGGUGUGGAACGAAACCUUCUACUUCAGGAUCCAGAGUAAGGUCAAGAACGUGCUGGAGCUGACAGUUUAUGAUGAGGAUUUUGCUACUCCAGAUGACCAUCUACUCUGUGCUCUCUUUGAUACUGCUAAACUUCCAAUUGAUAGAACAGCACUCCUGUGUUUUAAGCCCAACCCAAAGGCCAAGGAGGAGCUAGAAGUUGAAUUCAAAUUGGAGCCUGCUUCUGGUCCUUACGAAGCCAUUGCUACCAAUGGAGUCCUGGUGUGUCGUGAACUGUGCUGCUUGGAAGUUGAAGUGGCAGAGAAGGCACAGCAAAAAUCGAAGAAAGAGCUUUCCCUCACUGUGAGGGGCUCCUUUGAGGGGACGCGAGAUAUCACACUGGGCCCUGAUGGAGUGGCCAGCCCGCCAGGUCCCACCACGUUCCACUAUAUCAAGUAUGCGGAGCCAACACUGGACAUCAUGUUGCCAAAGAAGAGACGCUACCACCCUUGGACCUGUAAGUACAGUACAGAGACGGGCUCCCCUGUGGUGAUGCUGAAUUCGCUGCCCAUGGGAAAGACAACUACCAUCGCAGAGGAGAAAAGAUUUGACUUGAAUGUGAGAACACAAAGCUGUAAUUGUUCAUGCCACCAAGACCUGGACAUGCGCUUUGGGUUUGACUUGUGUUCAGAGGAGAUGGCUUUCCUGGGGAAAAGAAAAAGCUAUGUAGCAAGUGCUCUGAAAAAUGUUUUUCACCUACAACAGGAUCUACAGGAUCAUGAAGUCCCCGUUGUGGCUGUCAUCACGACAGGUGGAGGACUGAAGUCAAUGACAGGACUAUAUGGCAGCCUCAUGGGACUCAAGAAAUUAAAUCUCCUGGACUGUGUAACAUACAUCAGUGGAUUGUCUGGCACCACCUGGACCAUGGCCAACUUAUACAGAGAUGCCUACUGGUCGCAGAAGGACCUAGACUCGCAUAUUAGUGAAGCCCAAAAACAAGCAACCAAAUGCAAGAUGAGCUGUUUCUCUAUGGAUCGCAUGAAGUACUACAACAAGCAGCUUUGUCACCGGCAAGAAGAGGGAUAUAGGACAUCGUUUAUAGAUCUUUGGGGGCUCAUCAUUGAGUACUUACUAAAUGAUGGGAAAGACCCCCACAAACUUUCAGACCAGCAAGAAGCACUGUGUGAUGGCCAGAACCCACUGCCGAUCUAUGUGUCAGUCAACGUCCGGGACAGCUACAGCACCAAUGAUUUCAAAGAGUGGGUCGAGUUCACCCCCUAUGAGGUGGGACUGCUGAAGUAUGGCUGCUUCAUUCCUACACAGCAUUUUGGAAGCGAGUUCUUCAUGGGUCGCUUAUUAAAAAAGCUCCCCGAAUCCCGGAUCUGCUACCUUCAAGGUAUGUGGAGCAGUAUAUUUUCUGUGAACCUGUUACAAAUAUGGGGCCUGUCCCACAGUUCAGAGGACUUCUGGAAGCGAUGGACACAAGACAGAAUAGAAGAAGUUGAUGAAGACCCGGUGUUGCCUACAAGACCCCACGAACUGAGGACUCGCAUGUACACCCCUCCUGGCCCCCUGGCCAGCGCCCUUCGGGGAGCGUUGACUGACCGCUUCUCUGUGGCCCAUCACCACAACUUCCUGAAGGGUUACCAGCUGCACAACAACUACCUGGAGAAUGAGCACUUCUGUAGAUGGAAAGACACUGUGUUAGACUCACGUCCUAACCAGCUGAUGCAAAAUCCUGAUUAUAUGGGCAUGAUAGACGCUGGAUUUUUCGUCAAUACCAGCAGUGCACCACUUUUAAGGCCACAGAGGGAAGUGGAUGUCAUAAUAUAUUUAAGUUAUACUACUGGAUCACACACAUCGGUUCUAGAUAAGGCAUACAAAUACUACUCAGAGCAGAAAAUCCCAUUCCCUAAAGUUACUUUGACUGAAGAAGAUAGGAAAAGUCUGAAGGAGUGCUACAUAUUCCAAGAUUCAGAUUUGCCAGGAUGUCCCAUCGUGAUUUUUCUUCCCCUUGUGAAUGAUACCUUCCGAGAGUACAAAGCACCUGGUGUCAAGCGCUGCUGCUCUGAAAUGGAGGGAGGACAACUUGACCUGACCAGUCGUUUUUCACCCUACUGCAUGUUCUCGGUCAGGUACACAGAAGAGAAUUUCCACCGACUGCUGAACCUCAGUGAAUACAACAUCCUGAACAACUCCCAGAUGAUUAUGCAGGCCUUGCAGAUAGCGAUGCAAAGGAGAAGGCAAAACACGUGCUAAUCUCCUGUCCACCUACCUCUAUAUUUUCAGAGGAGUUUUUCAUGCUCUAGAAUACAGAAGGGACGUAACUUUUUGAACACUGUCCAUUCUGCACUAUAGAAAGAAACUACCCCAGGUGGCUCAGUGGUUUGCCUUUUUGUUUUGAUGCUGUUUCUAUUCCAAAUAAGUGGCAUCUAUAGGCAAAUACAUUGCCUGUGAAUUUUUUAUACAUGCUUUGUCUCUAUUUAAGGUUGUCUGUAGAAUGGUCCUUACCUAAAAUCCUUGUUACAUUUAAAAAAUAGUGUUAUUUUAAGCCUAACUUAUUAUAAUGGAUGACAUAUAGGAAAAUAAUUUUUUACCGCCAGAGUGCUACAGUAAUACAACCAAGCCAGCACACCUACAGGCUGUAAGAAGGGAGUAUAAACUUCUGCUCCCUACAAUUCUUCUUUGUGGAAAACAAGGUGCAUCCAGCACUAGAAAAUGAAGAAAACCUGAGAGACGGCUGGAAGCUGGUAUGGGAUCCCCGAGUCAACUCUGCUUUGCAAGUGUCCUGAACAGCAGCUACAGGGGUCAGGAAUGUUAUAGGGACAAAUGUGUGCACACAGCCAGCCCUGUGAAUCGUGUCCAUCUCUUGGGCUCUCUUGAGCUGUGAAUGAAUCGUACAUAAAUGAGAAGAAGCAACUUAGGAGGAAGUAGCAUAAGAUUUUUCACAUAUAAAAUCUUUUCCGGCAAAACGUGGAAUUUGGGCACAUCAAAAUUUCAUGUGGACUUAUGUCAGUUUUGAUCGUUCUGUGUUGAUAGCAUAUAUAAAAAGACAACAUUUUAUUUUGAAGUUUUCAAAAUAAAUCACCCUGGGAUUUUUUUCCCAGUUAAAGUUCUUUUCAUAUUUAACUUUCUUUCUUCAAUUAAAAAGUGCUUAAAAUGAAAAUACUUUAAUUCCACUAGAGAAUGAAAACUUUGUUCUUUUACUAAAUGCAGUUUGUUUAAACAGUUUGAGACAUGCUCAGAAACAAAAAUGCUUAUUUCUUUAGUUCUGCCUGUUCAAACCGUGCAAAUAAACAGGAGUGAGUUGGUAGCCCGCAACAAUCAAUAGCGUCUUAAAAUGCUCUGAACAGGCCCUCAAUGAGAUCUAGCACAAAUCUACCAGUAAUAUUUGUUAUGGCUUUGCAUUUUUAAUCUUUCUUAAUAUUCUUUUUAUGGAAAGUUUCUUUUCUGAACUGUGGAAAGGGCUGAGGAUGAGCUGCAAAAAUUAUAAAUCCAUAAGUCAAACUGAAAAUACACAUUUUAUUAAUGAGUUUUGUGUCCUAGUGGCAACUAAGAAAAUUUUGAACAAAGAGUCUACUCAGUGAAAAAAAAAUAUUAACUAGAUGUCAUUAUUUGAGGCUAAAAGAAGCUAGUAAAAAUACUUGGGUAAGUUGAGACAUUUCAUGUUAAUGUUUUACAAAACAUCUUUGAUUUGAAACAUAGCUUCUUUUUAAUAGACUGCCUACCUCGUCAUCUUAGGGAACUCAACCUGAAAAUAACAGGUUUCAUUUACAAUCAAAUAACGUGUUUGGCUUGUUGCAAAAUGAUACUCAGAGGAUUUUCAUUUUGGCAAGAAAAAAUGACGAAUUAUCUUUACAAAUUGGCUCACAAUUACUUUGCCAACACUUUUCGUCAUUUAAGAUGUCAAACCAAACCUUACUUUUCUUUUGCAGCCUCAUGUUGCAAAACCGAAGAUCAGAGCAUAAAUAUUGUUGAAAACCCUCUAGGUUUUGAAUGAAUACACACUUCUGCUGUUGGUUUUUGGGUUUGUUUUGUUUACUAUGUUGGUUUCACUAGUUGUGAUCAGAAAUAUGGUGCUACGUGCUCUGCAUGUAACUGUGGGAAUUGCCUCCAUUUGAAUGCAAAAUCUCUCAUAGGACAAACUAAACGCAGUUUUUGUCUGUAUACUCAUGCUACCUCCAGCUCUGAAGAAAUGUUAUUUACAUGCAAAUAUUUUGUGUAUACAAUACUGGACAAUAAAGGCUUGUUCACAAAAUUAGA